UAAAUAAAAGGGAAGAAACACCUCAUGAGGGGAUUACAACGGUGAUCUAGAGGGGCAAACAGAUCACUGGAACCAACUAUCCUAUGGAAAACUUGUUGUUUUUAAUGGAAAUAUAUUUAUAUUUAGAUUUUUGUGGGGGCAGCUGCCUCCUCCCCACAUAACGUAGGUUCGCCACUGGUGUCAAAGAGGGCUAUAUUCAUAACGUCGAGGAGAAUCUCACUGCUUUGGAGACAACUUUUGAAGAACUGAAGGCAAUGCAAGAUGAUUUGUCAAGAAGGGUGGAAAGAGAGGAGGAUAAAGGUCUAAGAAGGCUUGCCCAAGUUCAGGUAUGGCUUACUAGAGUUGAGACCAUUGAAAGCCAAGUGGUUUUUAGUGUUAGAACAACUGAACUUCAAAAGUUGUGCCUCUGUGGGUUUUUCUCGAAGAGUUUAAAAUUGAGUUAUUGUUAUGGGAAACGGGUUUUCACUAUGUUGAAGGAAGUUAGGAAUCUAAAAGCUAACGGAGUUUUUGAACAAGUUGCUGAUAAAGCUCAAGCGUCUGCAAUGGUAGAGAGGCCUAUUCAACCAACAAUAGUAGGUCGGGAACAAUGCUUGAAACAAUAUGGAACCGUCUCAUGGAAAAUGAAGUGAGUAGUAUGGGUCUGUACGGCAUGGGUGGAGUUGGUAAAACAACUCUACUCACACAAAUCAACAAUAAAUUUCUCAAGAAAAAGAAUGCUUUUGUCAUGGUGCUUUGGAUUGUGGUAUCUAAGGAUUUUUAUAUCCAGAAGAUGCAAGAAGAGAUUGCGAAGAAGCUAAGCCUGGCUGGCCAAGAUUGGAACCAGAAAGAUGAAGACCAAAAGGCAUGUGACAUACUUAAUGUCCUAAAGAGGAAGAAGUUUGUGCUGUUGUUGGAUGACAUAUGGGCAAAAUUUGACCUAAUGAAGAUUGGAGUCCCAUAUCCAAGUAGGGAAAACAGAUGCAAAGUAGUUUUCACCACUCGUUCUCUGGAAGUGUGUGGGGGCAUGGGAGCUGAUGUUGAGAUUCCAGUCAAGUGUUUGCCCCCUCAUGAUGCAUUGGAGUUGUUCAAAAAGAAAGUUGGAGAGAUCAUGUUAGGAAGUCAUCCAAACAUACCAGAGCUUGCAAGCAUAGUUGCUAAAACAUGUGAAGGCCUAUCGCUAGCGCUUAAAGUCAUUGGCAAAACCAUGGCAUGCAAACGGACGAUUCAAUUGUGGCAGCACGCUAUCGAUGAUUUGACUUACUAUGCUGCUGUGAAGAUGAGAUUCUUCUUGUUCUGAAGUUUAGUUAUGAUAAUCUAAAGGGUGAACAUGUCAAAUCGUGUUUUCUAUAUUGUGCCUUAUUUCCAGAAGAUUGUAGAAUUUGUAAGGAUGACUUGAUAAAUUAUUGGAUAUGAGAGGUUCAUAGAUGAAAAUAUAGGUAUAGAAGAAACCUCUCAGGCCCGGUUAUUGUGCUAUUCUUUGUUCUCCAACCAACACAAGUUAACUCCUAAAAAGAGCCCUA